GAGCCAACAACUCUUGUAUUUGAAGGGGAGCUUGGGCCGCGAAGGGCCGAGGCCGAGCCGGGGGACAGAAGGGGUCAGUCAUGGUUGCAGCUUCGGUGAUGCGUACUUUGCGCAAGAACAGGACCCUGCGCUACGGAGUCCCCAUGCUGUUGCUGGUUAUUGGUGGUUCCUUUGGUCUUCGUGAGUUUUCACAAAUCCGCUAUGAUGCUGUGAAGAUAAAAAUCGAUCCUGAACUGGAAAAAAAACUGAAAAUGAAUAAAGUAUCUUUAGAGUCAGAGUAUGAGAAAAUAAAGCACUCCACUUUCGAAGACUGGGAGAAUAUUCGAGGCCCUAGGCCUUGGGAAGAUCCUGAUCUCCUCCAAGGACGGAAUCCGGAAGUUCUUAAGACCAAGACAAACUGACUAUGAUAAUUAAAAACAACAACAACAACUUUGUCCACUGGACAGACUUCUAGUCCACUGGAAAAAUAUCACAGGUCUGCAACUGCACUUGGACAUGAGUAAUUUGAUGGCAGAUAAUUAUGAUUAAAAAGUCAACAAGUCUUUUUACUUCCCAGCUGGUCCAUUUGCAAACAAAGGCAGCACUGUUGACCACGAGAAGGUCACCGUCCACGGGAAGGCCAUGAGCACUGCUACCAGAGUGUCUCCAGUUAGCCACUCAGCCCUCUUCCCCAGCCACUGUGCCAUUUCAUUCAAAGAGAAUAGUAACCCUGUCUAAAACCUUACGGUAAAAUUGAGCAAUAUAUAUUUAUAUUGAACCUAUAUAAGAAAAUAACGGUGAUCACAAUUUUGGCUUUAUUUAUGAUACCUGAUAUACUGUACAAAACCUGGUGAUUGUCUUGAUAUUACCAAAUGUGGAAAAGAAAUUAUAUGAUUCCAGUUUAGUCAGAAGUAAUAAAGGAUUUAUUUGUAAUUACAUGAUUAUAAGAAGAUAGGGAAAACUUGUUCAUGUAAACCAGACAUGACUGAUUUGGGAAGUACUGUUUUAAGCUUUAUGCUUUAGCAUAAUUUACAUGUAAAUUGAUGAUAGCUUUUCACUUAUUCUUUUAUCUUAGUAAUUUUAGGUUUGGUAUAAUCUGAUCAGUAAGCAAAAGCCUGGGAGAGUUAAUUUUCCAAGUCUUUUACUUCCUUUUAUUCCUGCCUUUUUCUUGGCCUUAUGGUGUUUUCAUGUUGAAUUUUGAGUACACCCACUGUAAUU